AUGCCCGAGACAUUGGAGAUGUGGUACGAUUUGGCGCGCACCCGCGGGAUAGCGUGGAUGAGAGUUUGGUCGCUCGGUCCAGCCCAACCCGUUCUUCGCGACGCGAGGCGGCGGACAGGCUCGUGGAGCAGUUCAAGCUGGUGGAUCUUACUCGGAAGCCUACUAUUAUGCUGGAUUUCUCCCGCUACCGCCGCGCUGCUGGAAUUUUCAAACUGUUUAGGCCAAGACACCAUCGACUCCAACCCGUUAGCCCUCCAAUACGUACCCCUCGACGUCGGUGUCUGGUUCAACCUGACGGAUCCCUUGCGUCCACUGAAUGUCACCGUCUACGGCAACGUAUCUGGCCUAGCCGACCCGAGCCAAACUUAUCCCGCGAUCGACGAUCCCAGUUGGUCCAAUGAUAACGAUACCGUGGGGAAGAUCGCUAACUUGGACACCGAGAAUAAUCGCUUGACCACCUUGAUCACCCAGUUCGAUGUCUUGAGCUACGUUGCGUGGCCCAAUGGCACUGAUUUCUGUGGGACGGUCGUACAAGGCCACUGUCCACUCGCGCCUGUUUUUCACGGCAACCUGACCGAUGUCCGGACGCUGGACGCCUUUUCCAUGAAGCAUAACAUGCUUUCGACUUACCGAUUCUCGACCAUCUCCUCGACCUUCACAAUUAUAUCUGGCGACCGUGCGAAGACCAUCCUAGGCUGCAUACAGGUUCCGAUCACACCGGACUUUGGAGGAGCUCUGAAAAAUGCAUUGCGAUAUGUGCCCCUUGUUAUCCUGAUACUGAUGGGGAUCGCCACGGCUGCAGCUGGCAUGUUCACGCCAUGGGGCACCGUUGACGUGUUUCGCUGGACCAGCAACUACGGACGCGAUGAAGAUGUCCUGCGUCUAAUCACGCCAGGGUUUGCUGAUUGCUUACAGUAUCUUCAGUUCGUGGUGCUGACAGGCGCUCUAUCAUUGGACUACCCGGGGUUCUUCCAGCCUGCUGUCAGCUAUGGGGCUUGGUCCACUCUCAUGUUCAACCAAAGCUUUCUCCAUCCGCACGGUGGCUAUACCCCCGUCCAAGAUGGUGUAUACACGGUCAAUGGUACAUAUGGAAUGGACCGAAUGAAUCAGUUGGUGGGUAUGGACUCUACUCAGGACAUCUGGCCUGGCAUGAUGGUUUGGCUUCUGGUCAUAUUGGCAGUCGUAAUUGUGGUGGUUCAGCUGGGCUUCUUGCUACGCUGGAUGCAUCGCGAACUCGCCGAUACCACCGAAGAAGACCUGCGAGCUAAGAACAUGCCAUUCACGGUAGGCAAUGUCAUCCGCGUCGUGUUCAACUAUCUGCUUCUGCCCGUCGUCUCUCUUUGCUUCUUCCAGUUGGUCAUCGCAAAGACGUCCCCGGCGUACUGUGUUGCUUUGGCUGCUCUGGUAAUCGUUGUGCUGAUCUGUUUCUUUGUCUGGUUCGCGCGCGUCAUUUUCUCCACCAGACCAACAUCUCAUCUUUUCGACGAUCUCCCUACGGUUUUGCUCUAUGGGCCGCUUUAUAACACAUACUGUGACGAUGCCGCAGCUUUUGCCAUGGUGCCGAUUGUCUUGAACAUUCUUCGGGGUGUCGGUAUCGGCGCUCUGCAGCCCUCGGGUAUUGCCCAGGUCGUCCUGCUUGCAAUCUGCGAAGUGAUCUCAGUUCUCACUUUGAUCGCUUUCCGACCGUUCCCCAGACCGACGCACAUGAAUCUUUAUCAUAGCAUAUUCUCUAUCGUUCGAUUCCUCACUAUUAUCCUGAUGGUGACUUUUGUUCCAUCGCUUGCCAUCUCCAGCAGCACACGAGGCUGGAUUGGAUAUCUCAUUCUUGUCCUGCACGCUUUGGUUCUGAUAUUCGGCUUCUUCCUCAAUGCCCUCCAGACCUUGAUCGAAAUUCUUGCCCGUCUUGCUGGCGCUGGGGGUGCUGCUCGUGGUGGUCUCACAAAGGUGUUUGGCAAGCGGCAGCUGUCCAGACGAAACCCUAGGGUCACGAGGCAGAGCUUGGGUUCCGAAGCUGCCAUGCUCGCGCCGGACAGCAGGAUGUCAUCUCAAUUUGAUGGAUCUCGCCCACGAAGCUUGUCGGGCAACUCGACUCUCUUGUUGAAUCGCGCGACCGCAAGUGAAGGGCGUGUGAGUGGAAUGGACUAUGCGAGCUCCCAGGGCGGCCAUAGCCGUGCUGCAAGUGCAAACCUUUACGCUCAGUCUCCGACUGCGUACCAAGGAGCUGGUGCUGCUUCACCUAGUAGCAGCACGUUUAUGAGUCCUCAGCCUCGUGAUCCGUACUAUCGACCGCCCAGGCCAAACCGCCAGAGUUCCCAGCCGGAAGCUCCUGACCGUCGCAAACCAACGUCUAGAAGCUUUUUAAGGCGCAACAAAGUGGCUCAGCUGGAGAGUGAAGCUGGUGCGUCCGGUCGGAAUACGCCUGUGCCAGCGUACCUUCCAGCGCCCAAGGAUGACAUGGAGCUGGAUGACAGCAACCAACCAAAGGACUACGCAGUUCGCGAAGUUGACUUCUACUACCGGGUCCGGGGUCCUCCACUCUCGCAAUCCCGAAUUGGAACUCGAAAGCUCAAGACUGGACCCGCAGACCCGACUGGGCCCGUCUCUUCUGCUACAGGAUGGUUCCGCAACUUGCUGCAGGGAAAGACCAAGGACAAGGGCAAGGGUUUCGAGGUCGUACGAAGUGCUCGGGCACCACCUCCCGGCCUCUUUCCGGAGGCUACCUAUAACGAGCCGUACCAAGAUGAUCCAGAGAGCGGUGGCCACUCGCGUCACGUAUCAAGAGGCGAUGAGCCGUAUCGUGAUUCUGAAGGUGACGGCGAAGCCCCAACUUCGGCCGGAGUCGAAGCCCCUGUCCUUCCGCAGGUGACCUCUGUCGGUAGUAUUGAGCUGCCGAGCCGUGUAGGAUCCCAGCAUACUCAACAAAACAUAGAGCGUGGAGACGUAACGCCAAAAGGUCUCCCUGUUGUGACUGAAACCUCGUCGUCUACUCCUCAACCCCGAACGGAAACUCCCGACUCGGAACUUUUGCGGCCAGAUUCCCCUACCCACGCACGGUUGCCCUUUAGCAGCGACAGCUCACCUUCUCGGAAUCGGGAGCAGUCCAUUGCAUCUACAUCUGGCUCCAUUACUUCCAGCCACAAAAUCGCUCAUGAAGGCUCUCGCAGUGAACGGCCCUCCAGCGUGGGCUACGUAGCCCAACACCGGAUGUCAGAUAACAUCCACGAAGCCAGCCCCGCGGACGAGCCAUCAUUCGCCGGUAGUACAGCAGAGCUAGUUGACGAGCAGGACCAUCCCGGACCUUGA